ACGCUGCCAUUUUGUCCAGCAGAGCAGCAAGCAGGCAGUCAGUCCGUAAAGCGAAACCACUGGCUAGACUUUUCAGACAGCAGCGCAGGGACGGGACUGUCGGUGGCAAAACGAGCCGCUAAUGUGGAGUGGGCAGCGGAAGGACAGAACGAACGGAGCCCGAGGACCGUUAAAGGAAAUAACCGAGCUAAGGGAGCUGUCAUUUUCAACUUAACGGGUCCGCCGGCUCGGUUCUUUAUUCCCAGACUACAGCUAACCCCCGCUAGCUACUCGGCUAACACCCACCGCUCCUCGCAUCUAUUCUCACCGGGAGAAACGGCACCUGUCCCGGUUGUCAGUUACACAGUAUCUUCUUAUGACCUCAAAACAAUGUGCUGCUCAAUUCUGAAUGACUUUUCACGCCCGAGGGGUGAUUUAACACACACUUUAAAAAGCGACCAGUGAUAGCUAACUAAAGCAGUCAAGCUAACAAGUUGACGUGGAGGAGGAACUCAAGAAUUUUUUUUUUUUUUUUUUUUUUUUUGGGGGGGAUUGUCGAGAUUUUUUGUUGGUGUUCUCCAAACUGUGAUUUCAUACGGAUUACUUUUGGUAGUUGCCUCGAGGUGGUUUAUUCCAAAACAAAUCGUCCAGGUUACAAAGCAGCCAGUUAGCUAUGUUUAUUUGUGGCCAGAAAGUAAUUUCCAGUGUUUACAAAUUCCACAGUGGGACUCUUUCCUGGUUCGAGUACUGCAACGGAAACAUUAGCUAACACAGACUAGCUCAGUUUAGUGUCGUCGUGGUGUGUUUACUAGAUAGAUAGAUAGUCGGAAUAAACUGUUGCCAAACCAUUUAAUAAUACCGCAAAUCAGCUGUUGAUUGUGGGUCUCGUUGUUGAGCCAAUCCUGUACCUGCAGUUUAUUCUGCCACCAGUGAUCUGACAUUACUGCAGACUGCACAGGUUUUGUACGCACCUGGGGGAAAAAACAAAACAAAACAAAAAAAACAACAACCCUUUACCUCCACUUGACAGUGAAGUCACGUUGAGUUGUGUCCCGCAGGGAGUUGAUCCAUUGAUCGGAUCGUUAUUGUGCUAUUUUAGCUGAUUUGAGGGGGGUGAAACAAGAAAGCAGAGAGAGAGAGAGAGAGAGAGAGACAUAGAAGCGAUGUCGGGCCAAUCUAUCACGGAUCGGAUCGCAGCAGCGCAGCACAGCAUGACCGGGUCUGCUAUCAGCAAGGCUGUGUGCAAAGCCACCACACAUGAAGUCAGCGGACCUAAGAAAAAACACCUCGACUAUCUGAUCCACUGCACCAAUGAGAUGAAUGUGAGCAUUCCCCAGCUGGCGGACACGCUGUUUGAGCGCACGGCAAACUCCAGCUGGGUGGUGGUCUUCAAAGCCCUUAUCACCACCCACCACCUCAUGAUGUACGGCAACGAGCGUUUAAUCCAGUACCUGGCCUCCAGAAACACUCUGUUUAACCUGCACAACUUCCUGGAUAAGGGAGCUCUGCAAGGUUACGACAUGUCAACCUUCAUCCGACGAUACAGCCGUUACCUGAACGAGAAGGCCAUGUCCUACAGACUGGUGGCUGUGGAUUUCACCAAGAUGAAGAGGGGGAUUGACGGUGUGAUGCGUACCAUGAGCACAGAGAAGCUGAUCAAGACGCUGCCCAUCAUUCAGAACCAGCUGGAUGCUCUGCUGGAUUUCCAGGCCAACCCUAAUGAGCUGACCAACGGAGUGAUCAACUCUGCCUUCAUGCUGCUCUUCAAAGACUCCAUAAGGCUGUUCGCUGCUUACAAUGAAGGGGUCAUCAACCUAUUGGAGAAAUACUUUGACAUGAAGAAGAACCAGUGCAAAGAUGCUCUGGACAUCUACAAGAAAUUUCUCUACAGGAUGACGAAGCUGUCGGAGUUCCUCAAAGUGGCCGAGCAAGUUGGAAUAGAUCAGGGUGACAUCCCAGAUCUCUCACAGAAAACAAAAGGAUCAUACAUUGCUCCCAGCAGCCUCCUGGAGGCUUUGGAGCAGCACCUGGCCUCUCUGGAGGGCAAGAAAACCAAGGAAUUAAAUGCAGACACCAGAGCGUCCACUCUGUCCAGCGCCGUCUCUUCUCUCUCCAGCACUGGCAUGUCGUUCAGCCGCAUGGACGAGAAGGAGAAGCAGCAGGCGUUGGAGGAGGAACAGGCCAGACUGCAGGCUCUCAAGGAUCAGCGUCUGAAGGAAUGGGGGAGCAGACUCCCCCCUCGGCCUCCCCUAGCAGCCAGUCAAUGGGCAACAACAACCACAUCACACAAACCCCAGAGUUGUUCACCUCCAUGCUGUCUGCCAACAGUGUGCCCAAUCUGAACAGUGACCUGUUUGAUCUUCAGCCGGCCUUCAUCCCUGCUGUGCAGAGCACUCCUUCAAUCUCCACUGCCAACAGUGCCUGGGGAGGAAUGGAGAACCAGCCUCUGCAGCAGACCACCGCAGCCAUGACUGUAGAUUUCGAUGCUGUGUUUGGGAAUAAUGCCACGCCCAGUAACAACGGCCCACAACCUGCAGCCGGUUUUGAUGCUCUAGGAGACCUGUUGAAGCCUACAAUGCCCACACACACUGCACCUCUUCCUCCUCCUCAAAUGGCCAUCCAUCCUGGAGGAAAGCUGCUAGCCAACGACCUCGACUCCUC